AGUAUUUUAAUCUGUAGGGGACCAAGAUGUCAGAUGAAAAAAAAGCUGCCAUUGCAGCAGAAAAGGAAGCUCUGAAAUUGAAGCUACCUCCCAUUGUCCAUCCCCCAAAAGACAUAGGUGUGAACACACCAUCACAGCGCAAGCUGCUCCACUAUAGAAGAUCUAAGGAGCAGCAGAAGACAAUCAAUCAGUUAGUAAUUGAGGGAGCCAAAAAGAAUUUAGACAAAACUCUUUAUAAAAGAGUCCCUUCAUUACCACAGCCAGAAUAUCCUUCAACUAUGUCCAGUGCAAUUAAAAAAAGAGGACUCAACUAUAUGCAUUUGAAGCAGUGUGUGGAAAGUAGUCCUAUAGUACCUAUUCAGCAGGAAUGGCUGGAUAACAUACUAAUGCUGAUACCUAAGUCUUUAAAGGAAGGAAAAGAAAGAGAAGAACUUGUUGAGAGCCUUAUAAGUGAGGUGUCAAGUGAUUUUGAAAAUAGCAUGAAGAGAUAUUUAGUGCGGAGUGUUCUUGUGAAACCAUCAAUUAAAUGGCUUGAAGAUGAAGGAGGCCCUUUACCUGAAUCUCCAUUAGGUCUGGAUUAUUCAAAACCAUGGCAUUCUAGCUAUGUGCAGGCAAGAAGUCAAAUAUCAUCUAAUUUGCACAUUGUUCACCCAGCCAUGAAAGUAUUACUGGACCUUGGUUAUACGACGUUUGCCAAUACAGUUUUGCUGGACUUAACAGGAAUUAGAGCUAAAGGUCCAAUUGAUUGUGAAUCAUUGAGAAAUGAUCUCUCAAUACAAGCCAAAAAGACAGAAGAGAAGAUAAUGACUACAUGGUAUCCAAAGGUUAUAAAUCUCUUUACCAAGAAGGAGUCUUUAGAAGGCAUUAAGCCUGAGAAAAUAGAUAGUUUUUAUAAUUGUGUUUCCACACUUAUGUCAAAUCAGUUAAAGGACCUCUUAAGGAGAACUGUAGAAGGAUUUGUAAAACUCUUUGACCCAAAGGACCAAGAAGGACUGCCAAUAUUUAAGAUGGAAUUGACAUUUGAGGAUGAGAAAAUAGAAUUUUAUCCUACCUUUCAAGAUCUGGAAGAUGUUGUUUUGAGUUUAGUGGAGCGGAUAGCUGAAGCUUUGCAGCAUAUCCAGACAAUACCUUCCUGGCUAACAGGAGCUUCACCACCUGUAACUCUUGACACAGAGCUUCCUGAACAUGUGAUCCAAUGGGCUAUCGAUAAGCUGAGGACGGCAGUAAAACAUAACCUAGAAGGUCCAAGGCAACGUUAUGAAGAAUAUGUUAAAAAAUAUAAUUGGCUUCUUGAUGGGACUGCUGAUAAAAUGAUAGCACAAUUUCAGACAGAAGAUCAUACUUUUGAUGAAUACACAGAGUUUGUAGGAUCAUUUUUAAGUCUUGCCUCAGAAAUGAUGCUUUUGCCACAGUGGAUUCAUUUCCCCAUGGUGCGUUUGGAUUGUGAUGAUCUAAAGACGGGUCUGGUAAAGAAAGCAAAAUCUCUUGCAAAUUCACUUUUAAAUGACAUAGCUUCAAAACACAGAAAAGAAAAUGAAUGUAUUUGCAGUGAUUUUGAAGCAAUUAGAGAACAUGCGUUAAAAAUCCCGGAAACAACAGAAGAGAUGAUGGAACUGAUAAAUUUUGUAGAAAAAGCCCGAACUUAUGGAGUUCAAGAAUUGAUUUCAAGGAUCAUGGAAUCCAAACGCCGAAUGAAUUACUUUUUAGAUGUUUAUUUAUUUCCUCCAGAAGACUUAACUUUAAAUGCAAAUGUUCUGCUGUGGCCUGAGAAAAUUAAUCCUGUCUUUGAUGAAAAUGAUGAGCUCAUUGAGGCUGCUAAGCUAAAAGGAGAAAAUGAACUAAUAGCCAAGAGAGAAAAACUGAUUUUGGAAAUAGAAAAGCAGUCACGUUGCAUGGAAGAAUUCACGGAGUUUGCAGAGCUGGAACGCAUGCAGCAGUAUGUGACAGACGUGAGGCAACUGCAGAAACGCAUUCAGGAUUCUGAGGAGGCAGUUCAGUUUAUUAAUAAAGAAGAGGAGCUUUUCAAGUGGGAAUUGACAAAAUAUCCUGAACUGGACAAAUUGAAAGUUAACAUUGAGCCCUAUCAGAAAUUUUUUAAUUUAGUAUUGAAGUGGCAACGAACAGAGAAACGGUGGAUGGAUGGUGGUUUUUUGGACCUCAAUGGGGAAAGCAUGGAAGCAGAUGUAGAUGAAUUUUCCCGAGAAAUGUUUAAGACACUGAAAUUUUUCCAAACAAAACAAAAGAAAGAGUUACAAGAAAAAAGGAAGACAGCAAGAAGGCGAUCUCUGAUGGAAGAAAAACUUGAAGAAGAACCAAAAAUAGCAAAUCCUACUAUUACUAUGUGCUCUACAGUAAUGGAUCAGAUAAAAACCUUUAAGGAAUACAUCCCUACUGUUUCCAUCCUGUGUAAUCCAGGAAUGCGAGCUCGUCACUGGAACCAGAUGUCAGAAAUUGUAGGCUUUGACUUGACUCCAGACUCUGGAACGACACUGAGAAAAAUUUUAAAAUUAAACCUUACCCCAUACUUGGAUCAGUUUGAAGUAAUAAGUGCAGGUGCAAGCAAGGAAUUUUCAUUAGAGAAAGCCAUGCAUACAAUGAUGGGAACUUGGGAUGAUAUUUCUUUUCACAUAAGUCUGUAUCGUGACACUGGCGUCUAUAUUCUUUCAUCGGUGGAUGAGAUUCAGACUAUCCUUGAUGAUCAGAUUAUAAAAACUCAGACAAUGAGAGGCUCACCUUUCAUCAAACCAUUUGAGAAAGAGAUGAAGGCCUGGGAGGACCGUUUGAUUCGAAUACAAGAAACCAUUGAUGAGUGGCUAAAAGUACAAGCUCAGUGGCUUUACCUGGAGCCCAUCUUUUGUUCUGAAGAUAUUAUGCAACAGAUGCCAGAAGAAGGGCGUCAGUUUCAGAUGGUGGACAGACAUUGGAAGGACAUCAUGAAGUUUUGUGCAAAAGAUCCAAAGGUUCUUGCUGCUACUUCAUUAACAGGCUUAUUGGAAAAACUGCAGAACUGCAAUGAUCUUUUGGAGAAAAUUAUGAAAGGGCUUAAUGCGUAUCUUGAAAAAAAACGACUUUUCUUCCCUCGCUUUUUCUUCUUAUCUAACGAUGAAAUGUUAGAGAUUUUGUCUGAGACCAAAGAUCCACUUAGAGUGCAGCCUCACUUGAAAAAGUGCUUUGAGGGCAUUGCCAAACUGGAGUUCCUCCCCAACCUGGACAUUAAGGCCAUGUAUAGCUCCGAAGGCGAGCGAGUGGAGCUGAUUGAGCUCAUUUCCACGUCUGCAGCGCGGGGUGCUGUGGAAAAGUGGCUCAUUCAAGUGGAAGACCUGAUGCUUCGGAGCAUUCGUGAUAAAUGCAUUUUAAUUAUUCAGGCUUAUCCAGAAUCUGCAAGACAAGACUGGGUUCGAGAGUGGCCUGGCCAAGUUGUACUUUGUGUUUCUCAAAUGUUCUGGACUUCUGAGACACAGGAAGUUAUACGUUUUGGAACAGAGGGUUUAAGGAAAUACCAUAAGGAACUUCAGAAUCAACUUAAUGAUAUUGUAGAACUGGUAAGAGGGAAAUUGUCCAAGCAGACCAGGACUACUCUGGGGGCUUUGGUCACAAUUGAUGUCCAUGCCAGAGAUGUUGUCUUGGACAUGAUUGAACUAGGUGUCUCAUGUGAUACAGAUUUCCAGUGGCUUGCUCAGCUUCGAUAUUAUUGGGAAAACGAGAACACUAGAGUCCGUAUAAUUAACUGCAGUGUGAAAUAUGCUUAUGAGUAUCUUGGUAACUCACCUCGACUCGUCAUUACUCCACUAACUGAUAGGUGUUACAGAACAUUGAUUGGUGCCUUCUACUUAAACCUUGGAGGUGCUCCAGAGGGGCCAGCAGGCACAGGAAAAACUGAGACCACCAAGGACUUGGCUAAAGCUCUUGCUGUGCAAUGUGUGGUAUUCAACUGUUCAGAUGGGCUGGAUUACCUAGCAAUGGGAAAGUUUUUUAAAGGACUUGCUUCUUCUGGUGCUUGGGCUUGCUUUGAUGAAUUUAACAGAAUUGAACUGGAAGUGUUAUCAGUGGUAGCACAGCAGAUUCUUUGCAUUCAAAGGGCUAUUCAGCAGAAGUUGGAAGUAUUCGUUUUUGAAGGGACAGAACUGAAGCUCAAUCCAAACUGUUUUGUGGCUAUCACCAUGAAUCCUGGCUAUGCAGGACGAUCUGAAUUGCCAGACAACCUUAAGGUUCUUUUUCGAACAGUGGCUAUGAUGGUUCCAAACUAUGCCCUCAUAGCGGAAAUCUCCCUCUACUCCUAUGGCUUUUUGAAUGCAAAACCUCUGUCUGUGAAGAUAGUAAUGACCUACAGGCUUUGCUCUGAGCAGCUCUCGUCACAAUUUCAUUAUGACUAUGGAAUGAGGGCAGUAAAAGCAGUUUUGGUGGCUGCUGGAAAUUUAAAACUGAAAUAUCCCAAUGAAAAUGAAGACAUACUCCUUCUUCGAUCAAUUAAAGAUGUAAAUGAGCCUAAGUUUCUAUCACAUGAUAUACCUUUAUUUAAUGGAAUAACUAGUGACUUAUUUCCUGGUGUUAAACUUCCUGAAGCUGAUUAUAAUGACUUUUUAGAAUGUGCUCAUGAAGCCUGCAAAAUACGUAAUCUUCAGCCUGUCAAAUUUUUUCUUGAUAAAAUAAUUCAGACAUAUGAAAUGAUGAUUGUUAGACAUGGUUUUAUGUUAGUAGGGGAACCUUUUGCUGCUAAGACUACUGUGCUCCAGGUAUUGGCGGACACUCUAAACCUUAUGAAUGAACGUGGUUAUAGAGAGGAAGAAAAGGUUAUGUAUAGGAUUGUAAACCCCAAAUCCAUUACUAUGGGACAACUUUUUGGACAGUUUGAUCCAGUGUCUCAUGAGUGGACUGAUGGUAUCGUGGCUAAUACCUUUAGAGAAUUUGCCUUAUCAGAAAUACCUGACCGGAAAUGGGUGGUGUUUGAUGGUCCCAUUGACACUUUGUGGAUAGAAAGUAUGAACACUGUAUUGGAUGAUAAUAAAAAGCUUUGCCUUAUGAGUGGAGAAAUCAUUCAGAUGUCCCCUCAAAUGAGCCUCAUCUUUGAAACAAUGGAUCUCUCCCAGGCCUCACCUGCCACUGUAAGCCGCUGUGGCAUGAUUUAUCUGGAACCUUCACAAUUAGGAUGGAAGCCACUUGUGUCUUCAUGGUUGAAUUCAUUGACAGGCCUUCUUCAUGAACCAGAACAACAAGCUCUUCUACAAGAACUUUUUGACUGGUUAAUACCUCCCAGUCUAAGACUUCGGAAAAAAAAAUGCAAGGAACUGAUUCCUACUAGUGAUAGUAAUGUGGUUGUCUCUCUCACACGCCUCUUUGAAGUCCUGCUCUGUCCUGUGUUAGAAAAUGAAACUUCCAGCAAGCACAUUCAUGUCUGGAUUAUGGCUUGUUUUGCCUUCUCUUUGAUCUGGUCUGUUGGGGCGAGUUGUGAUACAGAUGGUCGCAUUGUCUUUGAUAAUUUCUUAAGAGAAAUCCUAAUGGGAAAAAAUGAAACGAACCCAGUGCCAAAAUCUCUGGGUAAAUGGGAAUGCCACUUUGAUGAGAAAGGCUUGGUCUAUGACUACAUGUAUGAGCUAAAAAACCGAGGUCGUUGGCUCCAUUGGACUGAAUUGAUUAAAAGUACUAAUUUAGGAGAUAAAUACACCAAGAUUCAAGAUAUCAUAGUCCCUACGAUUGACACAGUUAGAUAUACUUUUCUAAUGGACUUGAGUAUUACCUAUUCAAAGCCACUGCUUUUUGUGGGUCCAACGGGUACAGGAAAAUCAGUGUAUAUAAAGGAUAAACUAAUGAAUCACUUGGAAAAGAAUUUGUACUUUCCUUUUUAUGUCAAUUUCUCUGCAAGGACCAGCGCCAAUCAGGUUCAGAACAUUAUUAUGGCCAGAUUGGACAAAAGACGCAAAGGCGUUUUUGGACCACCUAUGGGAAAGAAAUGUGUAAUCUUUAUAGAUGAUAUGAAUAUGCCUGCAUUGGAGAAAUAUGGAGCUCAGCCUCCUAUUGAAUUACUACGACAAUUUUUUGACUUCGGGAAUUGGUAUGACCUUAAGGACACGAGUAAAAUCACCUUAGUUGAUAUUGAGCUGAUUGCUGCCAUGGGCCCUCCUGGAGGGGGAAGAAAUCCCGUCACCCCUCGGUUUAUUAGACAUUUCAAUAUCUGCACCAUUAACACUUUCAGUGAUGACACCAUGAUCCGUAUCUUCUCAGCCAUUGUAUCGUUCUAUCUCCGGAAUCACGACUUUGUUCCAGAGUACUUUUUAAUUGGGAAUCAAAUUGUCAGUGGGACAAUGGAGAUAUAUAAAAAAUCCAUGGAAAACCUCUUGCCUACUCCCACCAAAUCUCAUUACACUUUCAACUUGCGUGACUUUUCCCGUGUCAUCCUGGGCUGCCUCCUCAUUGACAAAGAGGCGGUGGAGAGCAAGCACACAAUGAUCCGCCUGUUUGUGCACGAGGUUCUCCGCGUGUUUUAUGAUCGCCUCAUUGAUGAUGAAGAUCGAGGCUGGCUGUUCACUUUAAUCAAAUCAGUCAUAAAGGACCAUUUUAGAGAAUCAUUUGAUGGCAUCUUCUCACAUUUGAGGAAAGGGAGUGCCGCAGUAACUGAAGAGGACUUAAGAAGUCUCAUGUUUGGUGAUUACUUGAAUCCUGACCUUGAAGGAGAUGAUAGAGUUUAUACUGAAAUUUCAGACAUUCAUUAUUUUAAUGAUAUUGUCGACCAGUGCUUAGAUGAAUAUAAUCAAACUCACAAAACAAGAAUGAAUCUUGUCAUUUUUAGGUAUGUACUAGAACAUUUGUCACGAAUCUGCCGCAUUCUGAAACAGUCAGGUGGAAAUGCUUUACUUGUUGGAUUUGGAGGAAGUGGUCGUCAAUCUUUAACUCGUUUGGCUACAUCCAUGGCAAAAAUGCAGAUUUUCCAACCAGAAAUUUCCAAGAGUUACGGUAUAAAUGAAUGGAGAGAGGAUUUGAAGGGUCUCUUGCGGAAUGCGGGCAUGAGGGGCCAGAAGACCGUCUUUCUGAUCACAGACACCCAGAUUAAAGAAGAGGCCUUUCUAGAGGACAUUGACAGUGUGCUCAAUACUGGAGAAGUACCCAACAUUUUUGCCGCAGAUGAAAAACAAGAAGUGAUGGAGGGUGUUCGCCCAGCAGCCCAGGCUGGCAAUAAACAUGAAGAGCUUAGUCCCUUAGCCCUGUUUGCUUUCUUUGUGAAUUGCUGCAAAAAUAAUCUUCAUGUCGUAGUGGCUUUUAGCCCAAUUGGGGAUGCCUUUCGAAAUCGCUUGAGACAAUUCCCAUCUCUCAUCAAUUGCUGUACCAUUGACUGGUUUCAGCCUUGGCCUGAAGAUGCUCUUGAACUUGUAGCUGUGAAAUUCUUAGAAACACUGGAGCUCACCGUGGCUGAGCGACGUGAGGUCGUUCCAAUCUGUAAACACUUUCACACCUCCAUUAUGGAACUUUCAGAGAGGUUCUUGCACGAGUUGGGGCGACAUAACUAUGUUACUGCUACUUCUUAUCUUGAACUUAUUGCUUCAUUUCAACAACUUUUGACUAAGAAGCGACAGGCUGUCAUGAAUUCCAAACAACAGUAUACCAAUGGGUUAGACCAAUUAGCAUUUGCUGAGUCUCAGGUUGCGGAAAUGAAGCUUGAACUUGUUCAAUUACAGCCCAAGUUGGAGGAAGCUAAAAUUGAGAAUGCACAUAUGAUGCAGGUUAUCGAGAUAGAAUCUGCAGAAGUGGAAGCAAAAAGAAAGUUUGUGAAAUUUGAUGAAGAAGUAGCCAGUGGGAAGGCUGAAGAAGCCCAGAUUCUGAAAAAUGAGUGUGAAAGUGACUUAGCUGAGGCAAUUCCAGCAUUGGAAGCAGCCCUGUCUGCUCUGGAUACGCUAAAGCCGUCUGAUAUUACUAUUGUGAAAUCAAUGAAGAAUCCUCCAUCUGGUGUUAAAUUAGUUCUGGCUGCUAUUUGUGUCAUGAAAGAUGUAAAACCAGAAAAAAUUACAGAUCCAUCAGGAACAGGAGGCAAGGUGACUGUUAUGCAGAAGAUUCGUUCUGAAUACUUAACUAAUCCUGAAUUUGACCCAUCUAAGAUUGCAAAAGCUUCUUCUGCAGCUGAGGGUCUAUGCAAGUGGAUCAUGGCUAUGGAAGUGUAUGACAGAGUUGCCAAGGUGGUGGCUCCUAAGAAAGCCCGUUUAGCAGAUGCUCAGAAGUCCCUAGCUGAGACCAUGGAACUUUUAAAUGAAAAGAGAACUGAACUGGCAGAAGUAGAACAUCAUCUGCAAACAUUACAAGAUAUAUUUAAUGAGAAAACAGUGGAAAAGGCUCGUUUAGAAGACCAAGUGGAACUUUGUGCUAAGAAACUUGAAAGGGCUUCACAGCUAAUUGGAGGACUGGGUGGAGAAAAGUCAAGAUGGGCUCAAGCAGCAGCUGACCUUCAGAUAGUGUAUGAAAACUUGACUGGGGAUGUCUUAGUAUCUGCAGGAGUCAUAGCCUACCUUGGUGCUUUCACUUCUGGCUUUCGACAAACAUGUGUACAAAACUGGAGCAUGUUGUGCAAGGAGAAAAAGAUCCCAUGUUCAGAAGAGUUCUCAUUGAGUCAGACCCUCGGUGACCCAGUGAAGAUUAGAGCUUGGAAUAUUGCUGGGUUGCCAACAGACAUGUUCUCUAUUGAUAAUGGAGUGAUUGUCGAUAACACUAGGCGUUGGCCUUUAAUGAUUGACCCCCAGGGUCAAGCCAAUAAGUGGAUCAAAAAUUCUGAGAAAGAGAAUCAGCUCAAUGUUAUUAAGCUUUCAGAUUCGGACUACAUGAGAACGUUGGAAAACUGUAUCCAAUUUGGAACUCCACUUCUAUUAGAAAAUGUUGGUGAGGAACUGGAUCCAUCUCUGGAGCCUUUACUACUGAGACAAACUUUUAAACAAGGUGGCAUUGACUGCAUGAGACUUGGUGAAGUCAUUAUUGAGUAUUCUUUUGAUUUUAAAUUUUAUAUUACAACAAAACUGAGAAAUCCACACUAUAUGCCAGAGCUGGCUACAAAAGUGUCCCUGCUCAAUUUCAUGAUAACUCCAGAAGGACUUGAAGAUCAAUUACUAGGUAUUGUUGUUGCAAAGGAGAGACCAGAGUUAGAAGAGGAAAGAAAUGCUCUUAUUCUUCAAUCCGCAGCUAAUAAGAAACAACUGAAAGAUAUAGAGAAAAAAAUUUUAGAAACAUUAUCAUCUUCACAAGGGAACAUUUUGGAAGAUGAAAGUGCAAUUAAAGUCUUAGACUCAGCUAAAAUCAUGUCCAACGAAAUAACGAAGAAACAGCAGAAUGCAGAAAAAACAGAACUCAAAAUAGCAGAAUCUCGAGAAGGAUACAGACCCAUUGCUAAACAUUCAUCAGUAUUAUUCUUUAGCAUUGCAGACCUGGCUAACAUUGAUCCCAUGUACCAGUACUCUCUUAGCUGGUUUGUGAAUCUUUAUAUCAACUCUAUUCAUGACAGUAACAAAUCUAAAAUUUUGGAAAAGCGCCUGCGGUAUUUAAAUGACCACUUCACAUACAACUUAUAUUGUAACAUAUGCCGAUCGCUGUUUGAGAAGGACAAGCUGCUGUUUUCCUUCUUAUUAUGUGCCAAUCUUCUCCUGGCAAAGAAAGAGAUCGAAUACCAGGAACUAAUGUUUCUUUUAACUGGAGGAGUAAGUCUUAAGAGUGCUGAGAAAAAUCCCGAUCCAUCCUGGCUGCAAGAUAAAAGCUGGGAAGAAAUUUGUCGUGCAAGUGAAUAUCCUGCCUUCAAAGGACUAAGGGAUCACUUUUCUGAAAAUAUCAAUGGAUGGCGGGAAAUCUAUGACUCUAAAGAGCCACACAAUGCUAAGUUUCCACCACCACUGGAUACAACACUAAAUGAGCUGCAGAAAAUCAUAAUUCUUCGGUGCUUAAGACCUGAUAAGAUUACUCCAGCUAUAACAAAUUAUGUAACUGACAAACUAGGGAAAAAGUUUGUUGAGCCUCCACCAUUUGAUUUGGCAAAGACUUACUUGGAUUCAAAUUGUACUAUUCCCUUGAUCUUUGUGCUGUCUCCAGGAGCAGAUCCCAUGGCUAGCCUGCUGAAAUUUGCAAAUGAUAAAGCUAUGUCUGGAAAUAAGUUUCAAGCUAUUUCGCUGGGACAGGGGCAAGGACCAGUUGCAACCAAAAUGAUUAAAGCAGCGUUAGAAGAUGGAACAUGGGUUUGCCUGCAAAAUUGUCACCUUGCUGUCUCCUGGAUGCCCAUGUUGGAAAAGAUAUGUGAAGAUUUUAACCUUGAAGCCUGUAACUCUUCCUUUAGACUUUGGUUGACAAGUUACCCAUCUCCCAAAUUCCCAGUGACAAUUCUACAGAAUGGAGUGAAAAUGACAAAUGAGCCUCCCACGGGUCUUCGGCUCAAUCUCCUUCAAUCGUAUCUCAGUGAUCCAAUUUCUGAUCCGGAGUUUUUCAAGGGAUGCCCUGAAAAGGAACUGGUAUGGGAAAAGUUGCUGUUUGGAGUGUGUUUUUUUCAUGCCCUUGUGCAAGAGAGAAAAAAAUUUGGUCCUCUUGGUUGGAAUAUUCCAUAUGGAUUUAAUGAAUCAGAUUUACGCAUCAGUAUCCGGCAACUACAGUUAUUUAUAAAUGAAUAUAAUACCAUUCCAUUUGAAGCCAUCUCUUACCUGACUGGGGAGUGUAACUAUGGAGGAAGAGUGACAGAUGAUUGGGACAGACGUCUCCUGUUAACCAUGCUGGCUGACUUUUAUAAUCCACUAAUCAUUGAAAAUCCUCACUAUAGGUUUUCUCCAAGUGGAAAGUAUUUUGCACCUCCCAAAGGCACCUAUGAAGAAUACAUUGAAUUCAUUAAGAAACUACCAUUUACUCAACACCCUGAAAUAUUCGGACUGCAUGAAAAUGUUGAUAUCUCCAAAGACCUUCAACAAACAAAAAUCCUCUUUGAGUCUUUACUCCUCACCCAGGGAGGCGCCAGACAGACAGGAGCCUCAGGGAGUGCUGAUCAGAUUCUCUUAGAAAUCACCAAGGAUAUUCUUCAAAAGCUUCCAAAUGAUUUUGACCUUGAAGCAACACUGAUAAAGUAUCCCGUGAUGUAUGAAGAGAGCAUGAAUACUGUGUUGGUCCAAGAAAUGGAACGAUUUAACAAUUUAAUUAGAACCAUACGUAACACUUUGCUGGACCUUGCAAAGGCAAUUAAAGGUGUCGUCAUAAUGGAUUCUACACUAGAGGCCCUGUCUAGCAGCUUAAUUGUUGGAAAGGUUCCAGAAACAUGGGCCAAACGAUCAUACCCAAGUCUUAAACCCCUGGGAAGUUACAUCACAGAUUUUCUAGCCCGACUGAAAUUUUUACAGGAUUGGUCUGAUGUGGGAAAACCAAUCGUGUUUUGGCUCUCCGGGUUUUUUUUCACCCAAGCCUUUUUAACUGGAGCUAUGCAGAAUUUUGCCAGAAAACAUACCAUCCCUAUUGAUUUACUAGGAUAUGAAUUUGAGGUUAUUCCCUAUGAUGAGUCUGACAUAGCUCCCAAUGACGGCGUUUUUAUCCACGGAUUGUAUCUGGAUGGAGCACGCUGGGACAGAGAAAGUGGAUUGCUUGCUGAACAAUACCCUAAAGUUCUGUUUGACUUGAUGCCCAUCAUAUGGAUCAAACCAACUAAGAAGUCUAGGAUUGAGAAGUCACAUUCCUACGUCUGCCCCUUAUAUAAGACAAGUGAACGUAAAGGAACUCUUUCUACAACGGGACAUUCUACUAACUUUGUUAUCGCAAUGCUAUUGAAGACAGAGCAGCCUGUUCAGCACUGGAUCAAGCGUGGUGUUGCUUUGCUUUGUCAGCUAGAUGAUUAA